AUGUCUAAAAGAUUUCUCCAAAAUCAGAAUCAAUUCAAUCAGUACCUUGCUGAUAUGACCCAACAGCAGCAAGCAACUAACGAUUACUUACAAACGUUAGUUACAGGAAACUCAAAAUCCAUAGAAACAUCAGAAAGCAUUUUUGAUACAGACACAAAAGAACAAAGAAAUACUGGAUCCAAAGGAUUAAACAUCCAUUUACCAGUGUUUAGUGGAAAAGAUGGUGAAAAUGUUCUUACUUGGCUUCUUCAAGUAGAUCUUCUUUUUAAAGCCAAAAAAGUAGAAGAUGAGGAACGGCUAGAAUUAAGACAAAUAUCUAUGGUCCAAGAGUAUGCAGAAAAAUUUAGAAAUUUGUUAGGACAAAUAGAAGAAAUUGUGAAACCGGAUAAAGUGAUGUAUUUCACUGAAGGACUGAAAGGAGCCACAAAGGCUGAAAUCAACUAUCAGGCCCCAAAAACCUUAGACGAAGCAGUAAAACUUGCUACAAGUUAUGAUACAGCAAUGUACAGAACAAAGAACAACUAUAAUUAUCUUUCAAGAAGAAAUACAAGAUCAAGCGAAGAGAGCUGGAGAUACAAAAAUACUCCAAGUUACAUACCACAAAGCUGA